AUGAACGCCCUCAACCUGGAUACCUAUGGCCUGUCCCUCAUCACUGCCAAAGAGGACAUCCUCAAUGACCGCAUCUCCACCGACUGGGCCGUCUUUACGUAUGAAAGAAAAUGGAGCCUGAAGCUGAUGGAUUCUGGAGUUGGCGGGUUGGAAGAACUGACCAAGAAAUUCAGCAAGAACCUGGUUCUGUAUGGACUGUGCCGAGUGCCGGACCCCCACACCCAGGGGCCCCGCUGUGUCCUCAUAUACUGGGUCGGUGAAAACGUGGACGCACCGCGGAAGGAGAUCAGCGCCCAGCACCUUCCCGCCAUCCGCAGGUUCUUCAAGGAGGCCAGCGCCAUGCUCCGCCCACAGCGCAUGGAGGACAUAUCCCAGGAGGCCGUCACCCUGGCCCUCAGCAAAGUGCCACGCCCAGCCCGCUCCUUCCACAGACGGAGGAUCCCCGCAUCCCACGAGGUGGUGGGUACAAAUUACACCAAAACCAACCCGGCCAUCGAGAUGAAGUUCAGUAUGAGGGACUCGUUCUGGCAGAGGAAAUGAGAAGGAGGAGGAGAGGCGGAAGGAGCAGGAACGUCUGCGGUUACAGGAGGAACGCAUUGCGAUGGAGAAAGCGAGAGUAGAG